AUGCUCAUUAUGAAUCCGGUUCACAUUCUGUGCUUUGGCAAUUCAUUAACACAUGGGUGGCCAUCCAAUCAUCCAUACGCUCUUGCAUUGGAGGAUACUUUUCAAACCUUCUCACCCUACAUCUCGAUAAAAACAGAUAUCCAAGGAUUACCUGGAGAUCAAGUUGUCAGUCCUCCUGGACACUACUUACCAAGACUAGAUAUCUUGUACAAUGAGAUCGAAGUACCUUAUAACUGGAUGGUCAUAUUAGGAGGCACUAACGAUCUAACUCAAAAUCAAGAUGUUGACAUGGUCUUCGAAUAUCUGAUGAGAGUCUGGGAUUACGCUCUCUCUCGAGGAACUCAAGUCUUGGCCUUGACCAUCCCAGAAUGUGGUACUUGUAGGCCAGAACUCGACCGGCGAAGAGAUUAUCUGAAUGGUAUGAUUCGUGCUCAUCAAGCUGAAAAUUUUCAUGUGCUGGAUCUUCAUGAUGCCAUACCGUAUUGGAGAAUGCCAGAAGAGGAACGUAGACGAAUCUGGACCGAUGGCUUGCACUUCACAGAAGAGGGCUAUGAUCGGAUGGGGACUUUGAUUGGCGUCGAACUUCACCGACUGAUGUCUGUUAGAGGAUCGAAAGUUGAACAAGGGCAACACUCUUUGCUGCUCCAGAAAAGCUAG